AGGAGAUCAGAGACAUGGUUCUCGAAAACGUUCCUGGAAGAUUCGCAUGCAUCUGUAGGGACUGGCAGGAAUCCAUCGAGCCAAGAAACUUUCGGAUCCUCCAAGUCGGUUCUGAUGAACAUUCGUUUACCAACCUACACAUGACAUUUCAUAACAAACCCUGGCGGCAAAGCUACGUUAGACACAUCUGGUUCAAGAUUGAAUUACCGGACCAUUGCAUCGAGAAGCGUUCGAGACCUCAGACUGAUGAAGAAAUCAACGAGGACCGUAUAUGCUUCGCCACCGCCAUAUUCACCCUAUUCUAUAAUCUCGAAGCCUAGAAGGAUGUCGAUUCAGCUGGCGAACCAACAUACCCAAGCAUCAAUUUGGAGAUCAGUGCCUCUUCGCCAAAUCAUGCCGGCAAUCCGUGCGGAAUAGAAGGGCUUUUGGACCACUGGCAGCAACAAAAGCGAUACGUGUUUGCUGCCAUUCGCCUUGCAAAUACCGGUAGUCCCUGCGUCAAAUGCAUCGCCGGGUUGAGUAUCCUGCGUCGAAAUAUGCGCAGAAUACAGUUAGCCCCUCUUGCAUCAUUAUUGUCCGAUUGUCUACCAAGAGUACGCUUGAUUCAUCUCGAACCCUGGAGGCAUCUUAACACAAGGGAGCAGAACCUAUCUGAUAUUGGUACAGUAGCAAAACCUAAAACGCCUUCUGCUU